AUGAAGGCAGAGAUCGCGCCUGUCGCGUUGAAAUAUGUCGCCCUUCCGACCCCCCUGCCUGCAAUUACCAGCACAUCACACUCCACUAUUGCUUCCGAAGGCAUGCAUCUUCCCUGUCGCCGCUGCCUUCUAGAGGCAAACCCUGGUGAAAAACUCUUCCUCAUCGGCUACGACCCUUUUCCGGCCGACAGUAUAACGCCCUAUCGGGGAAAUGGCCCUAUCUUCGUCCAUGCCCACGACUGCCGCCCCUUCGAUGGCAAAAUCUUACCAGAGACACAACUGCAAAGGCUGCUAUCCUUGAGAGCUUAUGAUGAGAAACACAUGAUGGUGGCGGCGGAGGUGAUCGAGGGAAAGGAGCUAGAGAGUGUGGCUGGGGGGAUGUUGGCGGAUGAGAAGGCCAGCUAUAUAAACGUGCACAACGCGAAGCCUGGGUGUUUUGCUGUCAGAAUUCAACGGGCCUAG